AUGACUCCAUCUUCUUUCAUCAUCUUUCGCCAUUUCCACCAAAACAACUAUUUCACCAAAAACCCUUCCAUUCCCAAUCCCAUGACAAUGCAACAACGUAUUUAUGAUCUUAAUCCAAAUGCUGAACCAUUUUAUCCACAAAACCUAACAGUUCCAACGCCCAAGACUCAAUCAAGGAUGGUUUAUGAUCGCAAACGAACUCAGAUUCAGCAGAAAACUAGUAAAAGUACUUAUCAUCGUGUUGAAACUUCUAUACCAUUUCCGAAAACAAUUGAAGAAGCUGAAGCAUUACACAUUACCACUGUAAUGAUUCGAAAUAUCCCUAAUCAGUUUAGGUUUGAUAAUUUGUUGAAGAUACUUGAUGAUCAUUGCUUUGAAAUCAACAAGAACGCAGAUCCCGAGGAUUGGUCCAAGAAGCAUGCUCUUGAAAGAAGAAUGUCUAAUUUAGGUUAUGCAUUUGUGAACUUUACAACACCUGCUGCUGCUUUCAAGUUCUAUAAACAGUUUAAUGGAUUCGCAUGGAAUGUCAGACAGAAUCGAAAGAUCUGUGAAAUAAAUGCAGCUCAACAUCAAGGCAAAGAAAGUUUGAUUAUGAUUUUCUCCCAAAAAGUAUUCCGAUGCAAGAACCCAGAUUUUUUACCGAUUCUAUUCUCGGCAGGGCGUGAUGGUUUCAAUCGCAGAAUGAGUGGAAUCUCAAUUGGAAUACAUCCAGUUUAUGAAAAAGCAGUUGAUUACUGUAAGAGAAAUCUCCGUGGAAGACUGAUAUUAAACAAGGGAGACAAGCCUUAUACUUCCUCUGAAAUUCACCAACGACUACAGAAACAUUGGAACACUAUUUUGAAACCUGGUGUUGUUUUGUAG